AUGGCUGCCGAGGGAGUGACGACUGCAGUGAAUGAGUCAAUCGAGGAGGCGUUGCUGGCAGCAGUGAGAGAGGAGCUGGCUGCACACAAGGAGGAGGUGGAUGAGCUGCGGCACAUGCUGACAGCAGUGAAGGGGGAGUUGAAAGUGGUGAAGGGGGAGUUGGCAGUGGUUAAAGGGGAGUUGGAAGUGUUUAAAUGGGUGCCAGCGGUUAAGGGGGAGUUGCCAGUGGUUAAAGAGGAGUUGGGAGUGGUUGAAGGGGAGUUGGCAGUGGUUAAGGGGGAGUUGGCGGAAAACAAGGAGGCUAUGGCAGAGCGAUUGGCUGAGAGUUGUGGGGCAUCAGAUGCGAGAGGCCUGAGAGGGAAGAGUAGAAAGAGGAGGCAAGAAAUGACAGCAGAGCUUGCAUGGGCGGAAUGUGACGUGCAGGCGGGAUCCGUACCUGGCAUGGGAGGCAUAGCCAGGCCUGGAGGUAGGGGAGGGUGGGGGCCUGGUAUGGAUCCUGGAGGUAUGGGUGCAGGCAUGGGUUCUGGCAUGAAUGGGGGCGCGCAGGGAGGGGGAGGCGGAGGCGGAGGCGGGUGGGGAAUGGGGGGGGGAAUGGACGGGCCUGGCGGAUGGGGAGAUGGAGGAGGGGGAAUAAGGGGAAUGUCUGGCGGCAUGGGUGGAGGGGGAGUGGGAGGCGGCGAGGGAGGUGGGGGAGGAAUUGGGGCCGGUGUAGGGGGAGGCACAGGGGCAGGUUCAGGGGGGGGCGGAGUAGGCGCUGGGAUGGGCAGAGGAGACCCAGAAACAGGUGGUAUACCACCAGGAGCACCCCGCUCAGGCCCAGCGAACGGCCCUGGUGGUUGGCUGCGCAUGUUCUACUGCACAAAGAUGUGCGUCAAGUUCCAGAAAGGCGUGUGCCCAUACGUGAGCAACUGCAGGUUCGCCCACUCGCAGGAGGAGCUGCGCCCGCCCUGCUGGGCCCAGCUGGGGGAGCAAGAGUUGAUUGACAAUGUGCCUGUGCCAUGA